CCUGCCCAAAAAGGAUUACAGCCUCAUUGUUCUAAUACUAAUAAGGUAAAAAGGGAGUACGGUAUGCUAUACUCUCACAUUCCAACCCCUUCAAGGUAAAGCACAGAGUUUACUUGCGGAUAUAAGAUGCAAGCAAAAAGAGUACACAUGGGAAAAUAUUAGCUGCUUUAAACAUGACUAUGAAGAAAGGAAAAACUGAAAAAUAUAUGCAUUCUCCACAGAACUUUCCAGUGCUGCAUCGCUAACGAGUGGGUUUUCACUGUUGAGCAAGUGAACAACCACGCUAACAGCCUUCCUGCGUACGUGUGAUGCAACUUUCAGAGUAAAAGUAUUCUGUCGGUAAGCGUGUUUUGUGUACCAAGUUAUAUGAAGCUGAGAUGUACAGCUGCAAAGUUAGCUAAAAAGUUAGCACGCUAAUAGUGGCGGGCUUAUGUUAGCGUUCUAAUAGCGUAUUUCACGUACCAAGGUGUAUGACUGAGGUGUAUGGUGGCAAAGUUGGCAUGAUGAUGUUAGCAUGCUAACAGUUAACUUAGGUCAUGUACAAUUGCAUGGCUGUGUGUAUGGUGGCAAAAUUGGCUAAAAAAGUUAGCAUGCUGGUGUAGCUAACAUGUCAGGUACAGUUAGUUAUAUGUUAAAGGUGUAUUACGGCAAAAUUGGCAAAAACAAGUCAUUUUAACACUAGCAUGCUAACAGUUAACGUAUUUCAAGUACCAAGUUAAAUAAAACUGGUGUAAACGGUUGCAAAAUGAUCCAAAAAAAGUUUGCAUUUUAGAGUUGCGCUAACGUUCAAACAGUUAGCAAGUUAUAUGACUGAGGUGUAGCCAGAAAAAAAUGCCAUGCUAACAGUUACCAUAUGCCACGUGCAGUUAGGACUGCGUGCAUGACAGUAAAAUUGACUAAAAUAAGUUAGCACGUUACUAUUAGCAUGCUAAAAGUUAUAUGUCAAGUACAAAGUUAUAUGACUGGUGUAAGUGGAUGCAAAAUUAUUUUUAAAAAAAAGAGUUAGCAUGCUAAAAGUUAACAUGUCACAAACAGUUAAAUGACUGAAUGCGUAGCAGAAAAAAAAUUGGCUAAAAAGUUAGCAUGCUGAUGGAGCUAACAUAUGUCAGGUAUAGGUAUAUAUAUGACAGAGGUGCACGACGGCAAAAUUGGCUAAAAAUAGCAUGUUAACGUUGGCAUGCUUACAGAGUAUGUCAAGUACCAAGUUGUAUGACGUGAGGUGUAAACUGUCCAAAAAAAAGUUAGCAUGUUAAUGUUAACAUGCCAACAGUUAGCGUAUGUUGAGUACCAAGUUAUAUGGGUAGUGUAAACGGUUGCAAAACUAUCCAAAAACGUUAGUAUGCGUAAGUUAACAUGCCAAUAGUUAGCAUAUGUCGCGCGCCAAGUUAUAUGACUGAGGUUUAUAGCGGCAAAAUUGGCUCAAAAUGUUAGCAUGUUAACGUAUGUCAAGUACCAAGUUAUAUGGUUGGUGUAAACGGUUGCAAAAUUAUCCAAAAACGUUAGCAUGCGUACGUUAACAUGCCAACAGUUAGCAUAUGUCACGUGCCAAGUUAUAUGACUGAGGUUUAUAGCGGGAAAAUUGGCUCAAAAAGUUAGCAUGUUAACGUUAGCGUGCUAAAAGUUAACGUAUGUCAAGUACCAAGUUAUAUAGCUGGUGUAAAUGGGUGCAAAAUUAUCCAAAAAUGUUAGCAUGCUUAUGUUAACAUGCCAACCGUUAGCGUAUGUCAGGUACCAAGUUAUAUGACUGAGGAUUAUAGCGGCAAAAUUGGUUCAAAAAGUUAGCAUGUUAACGUUAGCGUGCUAAAACUUAACGUUUGUCAAGUACCAAGUUAUAUGGCUAUGUCAACAGUUGCAAAAUUAUACAAUAACGUUAGCAUGCGUACGUUAACAUGCCAACAGUUAACAUAUGUCACAUGCCAAGUUAUAUGACUGAGGUUUAUAGCAGCAAAAUUGGCUCAAAAAGUUAGCAUGUUAACGUUAGCGUGCUAAAAGUUAAUGUAUGUCGAGUACCAAGUUAUAUGGCUGGUGUAAACGGUUGCAAAAUUAUCCAAAAAUGUUAGCAUGCGUAUGUUAACAUGUCAACAGUAAGCAUAUGUCACGUGCCAAGUUAUAUGACUGAGGUUUAUAGCGGCAAAAUUGGCUCAAAAAGUUAGCAUGUUAAUGUUAGCGUGCUAAAUGUUAACGUAUGUCAAGUACCAAGUUUUAUGACCAGGUUGCAAAAUCAUCAAAAAGUUAGCAUGCUAAUGUUAGCAUUCUAGCAAUUGGCAUGUGUAACAUACCAAGUUAUAUGACUCAAGAUUAGUUUUAAAAAAUAAAUACAAAUUAGCGGAUGCUAACAUUAGCAUGAAUUGAUUACGUUGACCCUCGACGUAAACAAGUUGAACAACUUAUUUGGGUGUAACCAUUUAGUGGUCAAUUGUACGAAAUAUGUGCUGAACUGUGCAAUCUACUAAUAAAAGUUUCAAUCAAUCAAUCAAAAGAAUUCAUACAUUUUAUCAUUUGCGCAGAAUUUGACGUAGACGUUAAACAAAAAUCGAGUUUGACUGCGUGAAGAAGUGUCAGAGCAGGAAGUUGUUUACAAGAAAGAAGCAGCUCUUAUUUUGUGAGACAAAGGAAAUGGACUUCAGGUCUCGGUGGCACCGGACACGCCCACACCGUCGCCAUGGCGAUGGUAAAGCCGCUAUGUGCAUGACGUCACAGUCCGACAUGGAAUUAGCAAGGACGCCAUGUUGUUUUGACAAACAUGACGUCACAAACAGAUGUGUGGCCUUUUCUCCGCUAGGUGACCCCCCAUGUGACCUUUGACCCGUUGGUUAUAUUGUAAUCUUUCCUCCGCUGUCCACCAGCUUGGCGUCACUCUGUCGCCUUGGCAACCAGGCUCAGCCGCGUCGCUAUGGGAAACGGUCCUGAAUUGAGCCGUUGUUAGACACGCGCGCGGUUGUUGCGUGCGCGUGUCCGUGUGUGCGCGCCUGCGCGCGGCGGUCUAGACUAUACUGACCAAAUAACAACAAAGGCAGUAAAAUUGUGACCAAAAGUGUGACGUCAUAAAACUCAUAUCACACAAAAAUAGCGUCGUCCUCUUUGUGGAGGAUUUAAAAAAAUAUAUUUGAUCAUAUUCGAGUGAAUGAUAAGUGGCCUCUUUAAGAGAGCCCGGAAGUGUCCGCCUCAGGCAGGGGCGGGCACGCGGCGUCAGGUGUACGCGCAAAAAUGAGGAUGAUGUCAUUCCGCGCACGCGUCACCUGGGAGACGGGAGCGCGGAGACUUGGGAGAGGACUCCUUCCCCGCCAAACUGAAGGACUUUCGAGAGGAGGUCAAAGUUCAUCAGGCAGCAUGAAAGGGGUAUUCAUCAGCCAGCAUCAGCGCCCUUAAUAGUCUGGAAUCCGUUGGAGUUUUCUACCCCGCCGGAACUGGCUGCCUUUCGAAAUGGCCGCCUGGAUGCGACGGAGGCUCGGGAGCUGAUCCCCGCCGGGGUCGUGCGCAGCGGGGAGGCGGCCCGCCAUCCAUCAUGUCCUGGAAGAGGAACUACCCGGCGGCGGGCGUCUGCGCUGGCGCGGGGGCGGGCAUCAGCGCAGCAACUGGAGGCGUCACAGGUGGCGGGAUGCAGGGAAUGCUCACGCCUCGCACCGUGACCUCAAUCGCUCCCAGUAAAGGACUGAGCAACGAGCCGGGACAGAACAGCUGCUUCCUUAACAGUGCCCUGCAGGUCCUGUGGCACUUGGACAUUUUCCGCCGCAGUUUCAGGCAGCUGACGUCUCACAAGUGCAUGGAAGACUCGUGCAUCUUCUGCGCUCUGAAGAACAUCUUUGCUCAGUUCCAGUACAGCAGUGACACCGUGCUGCCCUCCGACGCCCUCCGAAGCGCCCUGGCUAAAACCUUCCAGGACGAGCAGAGGUUCCAGCUGGGCAUCAUGGACGACGCCGCCGAGUGCUUCGAGAACAUCCUGAUGAGGAUCCACUUCCACAUCGCCGACGAGUCCAAAGAAGACAUCUGCACUGCCAGACACUGCAUCCCUCACCAGAAGUUUGCCAUGACGCUCUAUGAACAAUGUGUGUGCAGCAGCUGCGGAGCAUCUUCAGACCCGCUACCCUUUAUUCAGAUGGUCCAUUAUAUCUCCACCACCUCGCUGUGCAACCAGGCGGUGAAAAUGCUGGAGUCCCGACAGAACGCCACCCCUGGAAUGUUUGGGGAGUUGCUGAGGAACGCUAGCAUGGGCGACCUGCGCAGUUGUCCUAGUCAAUGCGGCCAGCAGCUGAGGAUGGCUCGCGUCCUCCUCAACAGUCCAGAGAUCAUCACCAUCGGUCUGGUUUGGGACUCGGAGCACUCAAACCUGGCAGAGGACGUCAUCCACACGCUGGGCACCUGCCUGCACCUGGGAGACUUGUUCUACAGGGUGACGGAGGAGAAAGCUCGCCAGGCGGAGCUCUACCUAGUGGGCAUGGUGUGUUACUACGGCCGACACUACUCCACCUUCUUCUUCCAAACCAAAAUCCGACGCUGGAUGUACUUUGAUGACGCACACGUCAAGGAGAUCGGUCCCAAGUGGAAGGACGUGGUGUCGCGCUGCAUCAAGGGCCACUACCAGCCCCUCCUGCUGCUGUACGCCGACCCGCGCGGGACCCCCGUGUCGGCCCGGGAUCUGCAGCACAUCACCAAGGCGUGCUACGACAGCGAGGACUCGGGCCGCGAGCCGUCAAUCUCAAGCGACACUCGCACCGACUCUUCGACGGAGAGCACCUCGUCCCGGCAGCCCCCCCACUGGCAGCAUGACUCCCAGGCCUCCGCCGUCCGCCGGCCACGCCCCGACGGGCCGCGCCACGCCUCGCUCUGCAGCUUGGAUGCCGUAGGCAACGGGACGGACGCCGCUCCGCGGAAGGGAGGCGGGGCCAGAGACAGGAGGCGCCUCCGGCAAUCUAAAGCCGACCAGGGAGCCUCGUCAGCCGGUUACCACAGUGAGGGGGAGACGCUGAAGGAGCAGCAGGUUCCUCGCCAAGCCCCUCGGUCUUCUUCAGGCAACCUCCUGCGGGACUUCAAGGAGACCAUGAGCAGCAUCCUCCACAGCCGGCCCCUCUCCUCCUCCUCCACCGCCUCCCUGCCGGCCGCCGCCAUCGCCUCCGAAUCCAAAUCCGCCUCGUCGGGCAGGCCCCGGCCGGCGUGGAGGCCCCGCAGGGAGGCGCUGAACAUCGACAGCAUCUUCGCCAGGGAGAGGAGGAGCAGGCAGGCCGGCUACAGCCCGCUGGAGAGAGGUCUCGCCUCGGAGGACGGCGGCAGCGGAGCCGCCUACACGGCCAAUCGGGGGGCGGCGUCCGUCUCCUCCUGGACUCUCCCGGCAGGGGGCGGUAGAGAGCAGGCCCCGCCUCCCAGGCUCAUCCAGAGGAUGGAGAGCGGCUACGAGAGCAGCGAGAGGAACAGCGGCAGUCCCACCAGCCUGGAUCUCAGCCUGGGAGAAAGGAAGUGCGCGGCGAAGACGUCGCCCUCUUCGGGACCGCCAUGGAAGAACACGUGGCCCAAAGACCCCAGCUCCUCCGCCUCCAGGGCGAGCCCGGCGCCCCCCGCGGGCCGCAGCGAGCUGGACCAGCUGCAGGAGGAGGUGCUGAGGAGGGCGCGGGAGGAGGAGCGGCAGCGGCAGCAGGAGAAAGACAGGGAGGCGGCGCUCGGCUUCAACCCGCGACCCAGCAAGUACCUGGACCUGGACCAGCUGCAGAUCCAAGGUGAAGGUGACAAUCUGAAGCAGCGUCUGUCGGAGGCGGAGCUUCUGUUGGACCAAUCGGUGCGUCUGGAGCAGGCAGGCGAGGUCGCCGCCGCCCUGUCCGCCGUCAAUGACGCCGUGUCUAAGCUACGACCGGCAGGCAAGGGCGGAGCUACUCUCCACAGCCGGCUGCAGCGUUGCAUGAGGAGAGGUCGCAGCAUUCAGCAACGUCUGCAGCAUCUUCAUCCUCAUCAUCUUCAUCGUCAUGGCUCACCUGCGGAGGAACAGCCCAGUGAAGAGCCUGUCUCGCAGCAAGUACUCCUGACACUGGACAGCCAAUGGGCUUCCAGGCAGCACCAUCAGGGCCCGCCUCUUCCUCCUCCUCCCUGCCACGUUGCGCUGCUCUCUCCCCCGACGGCCUCAUCACCUGCCGGCUCCACCCACAACGCCACCGUAACCGCCGACAUGGCCCUGCCCCCCAGUGUCAACACGCCCGCACCUGUUGCCGCCGGGUCACUUCCUGCUCGGGGUACUUUGGAACAGACACACCUGGCAGGGUCCACCUCGCUGACACCGACCGAGGAGGUGGACACCGCCACCCGGUGGACCGGGACCCCAAUACAAACUCCGACCCACGGCUGGUCAAGUUCAGAAACCCCUGCGCCCAAUGCUGGCGCCAGGACUGAUCUGGUGGAGGCGGAGUCCUGUCACAUCCGACACACAGAAGCCACGCCCCCUACCAGGAGCUGUUCUUACCUACCUGAAGGCCGUGGCCUGAAAGCACCAAACACCUUGUCGCCCUCGUGCCCUCUGACCCCACCUGGCCACGCCUCUUCCUACCCAGAGGGCAGCAGAAGUGUGCUGCCGGUGGAGCGCUGGGCACAAAACAUCCGCAGAUACUACAGCUCACACAAUGCACCAGGGUACACUGACAGCUCCCACAAUGCACCUGGGCACACUGACAGCUCCCACAACGCACCUGGGUCUGACUACAGCUCCCACAAUGUACCUGUGUUCACUGACAGUUCCCACAAUGCACCUGGGCCAAGCUACAGCUCCAACAAUGUACCUGUUUUUACUGACAGCUCCCUCAAUGUACCUGGGUCCGACUACAGCUCCCACAAUGCACUUGGGCCCGGUUACAGACCCCACAAUGCACCUGGGUCCGACUACAGCAUCCACAAUGCAACUUGGUCCGACUACAGACCCCACAAUGCACCUGGGUCCGACUACAGCAUCCACAAUGCAACUUGGUCCGACUACAGACCCCACAAUGCACCUCGGCCCGACUACAGCAUCCACAAUGCACCUGGGCCCGAUUACAACUCCAACAAUGCACCUGGGCCCGAUUACAACUCCAACAAUGCAUCUGGGUCUGACUACAGCUCCCACAAUGCACCUGGAUCUGACUACAGUUCCCACAAAGGACCUCUGUCUGAGCUGGACUGGCUGUACCAGAACAGCCUGAUAACUCCCAGCAUGCAACAGCCGGACUCACCUGUCAGCCUGCAACCCAGCAGAGGACUGAAGAGGAUCACGUCUGGAUCGUGUCGCUCCAAAACUCCAACGGCAGAGAUGGAGAGACACGCCUACUCAACACCUGUAUCUCUCACCACCAAGGUGGAAGACGAGACCUACAGUGUGGAGAAUUUGCGUCGCGUCACUCGCAGCCUGAGCAGCUCCGUCAUGGGAACCGUUGGCCCCGCCCACAGCCGUAACUACUCCUCCCUCCCCCGUCACCGCCCCUCCUCCCCCACCACCGACCCCUCCCACCUCCGUCACUACCGCCCUCCACCACAGCACGCCCCCCCGCCGACGUCACCGCCCCCCAGCACCCGGGGACUCCCAGGACCAGGAAGGCGGACCCAGCAGGCGGCCAUGUUUGCUCCCGGCGGGCGCGAGCGAGUAGCCGUGAGUUACGGGACUCUUCCCCGCCCUCCUCGCCGAGCUCAGGCCGCCUCCUCCUCCACCUCCUCGCUCCCCGGGGGGGUCAGAGCUCCUCCCCCGGGGGGUCUGCAGAGUCUCUACGCCACUCUGUCCCGCUCCGCUUGCCAGCGUGAAAUGCCGCCAUUGCCAGGGGCGGGACGGGGGCGGAGCCUACCCCAGCCGCUGCGCCUGGACAUGCCACCAGAGGGCGACUGGCGUAAGAGCGUCGCUCGCAUUCGCCAGACGCUCCCUCCGCUCUGCUCGUUGUGCCUUCAGCUUCCUGCCGAGCCGCCCUGCCCCUUUUGCGCGCCCUGCGCCGCCUACGUGGCACGACGGCGCGCCGCCCGGUGACCACCUCGUGAAACGUCUGUUUGGAAUGUGACACUUCCUGUGUAGCCUUUUAUUUCUCAUGUGCCUACGUCCGCGUUUCCUCGCCACUUCCUGUUUGGACCUCAACAACGCCUCCUCUUCCUGGCUGACGGAGGAGAGGCGGAGUCAAGACUCUUGGCGUAGAAGGAAUUUAAAAUAGUUUUUUUUAGAUGUUGCAGCUAAUAUUUAGCAUGUUUUCCUCCUAUAUAACUGAUGGAGAUAGAAAUAGAAACAUAGAUCUUUAACGCUUUGCUAAGCAAUUAGCAUGAAAAACGUUUCCUUUAGUCCAGUGUUUUCUCCACCGAGUAGCACCUCAGUGGCCAACUUUAAAACACGGUAGCAUAGUAAGCCAAAGUAUUCAUUAAUAACAUGACAGAGGUUUUAUUCAGCAUAUUUUUAGACGCAGCUUUCAUAUUUAAUCACGUGACUCUGGCGUACCACUAGAGGGAGCCACAGUUAGAGAAUGGCUGCUUUAAUCCAGUCUGAAGAUUUCAUUUCUUCUAUUUGUAUUGCUUAUUUUUCUACUCGUAGGAUUGACAAUAAAAAGUUUCUCGGAAGAAAAAAA